AACGACAAGCUCUUCUUCAUCGUCUGUGCAAGCAAGGAACGACGAGAGAGAGAGAGAGAGAGAGAUGGAGAAGGAGGAGGAGGAGAGAGACGCGGAAGCAGGGGAAGAAGCUGAGGUGAACCCGUGGGAGGUGUCGGGGAAGAUCGACUACGACAAGCUGAUCGACAAGUUCGGCUGCCAGAGGCUCGACCAGUCCCUCAUCGACCGCGUCCACCGCCUCACAGGUCGGCCUCCCCACGUCUUCCUCCGCCGCGGCGUCUUCUUCGCCCACAGGGAUUUCAACGAGAUUUUGGAUGCGUAUGAGAGAGGGGACAAGUUCUACUUGUACACUGGCAGGGGGCCGUCCUCUGAAGCUCUGCACUUGGGCCACUUGGUCCCUUUCAUGUUCACCAAAUAUCUACAAGAUGCUUUUAAGGUUCCUCUUGUUAUUCAGCUGACAGAUGACGAGAAGUGCAUGUGGAAGACCCUUUCAGUGGAGGAGAGUCAGAGACUCGCCAGGGAGAAUGCUAAAGAUAUCAUUGCUUGUGGUUUCGACGUAACAAGGACUUUCAUUUUUUCCGACUUCGAUUAUGUCGGUGGUGCCUUUUACAAAAACAUGGUCAGAGUUGCCAAAUGUGUCACUUAUAAUAAGGUAGUCGGCAUCUUUGGUUUUACGGGUGAAGAUCAUAUAGGAAAGGUCAGCUUUCCACCAGUACAGGCGGUACCAUCUUUUCCUUCUUCUUUUCCUCACCUUUUCUCAGGAAAGGAGAAUCUUCGUUGCCUGAUUCCUUGUGCAAUAGAUCAGGACCCAUAUUUCAGAAUGACACGAGAUGUUGCUCCUCGCAUUGGAUAUCACAAGCCUGCUUUGAUUGAAUCAUCAUUUUUCCCUGCCCUGCAGGGAGAUACUGGCAAGAUGUCAGCUAGUGACCCAAAUUCUGCCAUUUAUGUUACCGAUACUCCCAAGGAAAUCAAAGACAAGAUCAAUAGGUAUGCCUUCACCGGGGGCCAAGACACAAAGGAGAAGCAAAUGCUAUACGGAGCUAAUCUGGAGGUGGAUAUACCAGUUAAAUACUUGAGCUUUUUCCUUGAUGAUGAUGCUGAACUCGACUACAUAAAGCAGGAGUAUGGCUCAGGGCGCAUGCUGACUUUCGAUGUAAAGAAGCAGCUGAUAGAAGUUUUGACUGAAUUGGUAGAGAGACAUAAAAGGGCACGAGCUGCUGUGACAGAUGAGAUGGUGGAUGCAUUUAUGGCAGUAAGACCCCUUCCCAGUAUGUUCAGUUAACUCUGAGGCUGAAUUUUCAUUUCCCCGAUGAGCAGUAUCUUUUUGUGCGAUGAUAUCAAAUUUUAGACCAAUUUGUGCGUACUAUCGGGCCCCGGCUUAUUUUCCAAACUCAAAAGGCAAUAUCAACUGUAAAUUAUUUAUUAUGCAGUCCAGGUUCGGCUGGUUGGAAUUUAUGAAAAUCAUACUCUUGGGGUUCCUUUGCGGGCAGAAAAUCGAUGUUUGUACAUCACUUAUGAUUAUUGUGAAAGAUAUGAGCCGUUCUCGGUCUACAGUUUAUGA